AGGGUUUGUCAACAAGUAUAGUCAGAUAAAAAAAGCUCAGAAGCUCGGGGAACAGUAUUCUAGACCAGCAUAGAGAGAGAUGAAGCUACCACAUAUCUUCUGCUUGUUCCUGGCUGUCCUUGCCUCCACUUGGGCUGAGGACAUAGCGACCAUAUUGAACCCUCGUGGAGCCAGGCCAGUAGAACAUGGCUACAAGGCUGAUAAAUGUGCCACAGAGAAGAAUUGGCCUUUUUGCUCAGAUGAUGACUGGGGUCCUAAGUGCCCGUCAGGUUGUCGUAUCCAGGGUCUGUUAGACAAGGCAGACCAUUCCCUGCUGAAGAAGAUAGAGAAGAUUAGGCAGCUCCUUGACCAGAACAGAGCCAAACACCGCUCUGCCGACCAGGCAUCCAAACAGACCUAUGACUACCUCAAGGAGAAACUCACCUCCAACGCAGGUAAUGACAACAGCUUCUAUGACCUGGCAGAGCGUCUCCGUCAGAGGAUCGUCGACAUCAAGAUCAAGAUAGAGCGCCAGCUGAGGAUCCUCAACGCUCUGAAGACCAGCGUCAAAGACCAGGUUAUAGAGAUGCAGAGACUGGAGGUGGACAUCGAUAUCAAGCUGCGCACCUGUAAGGGAUCUUGUAAGGGCUACGUUGAGUUCUCUGUUGAUAAAGAAUCCUACGUGGCUCUGGACAAACAGAUGGACCAGCUGGAAUCCCAGAGCGUUCAGUCUGUGGAGACCGUACGCACGCUGUACGUCAUGAAGAGCCGACCGCUUAAAGACAUCGUGGUCGACAGUAAGUACAAGUCCGGCCCGGCUGAGGAGCAGAAGGAGGUAUUCUUCCCGGAGGUGAAGACCGUGAAGCUAACCUUGGAGACCCAGGGGUCUGACGCUUUGUCUGACGCCACUGCCAGCAAGGUCCCGGGUACGCACUUCAAGCCUUCGACUUCAGGCUCUUCAUCAUCAUCGGGUUUGUCAACGGGGUCGGGGACGAAGGACGGGCCGAGGAAAACGAUCACGGAGCUGGGUGGUGGUGGGGGGACAAGGGGGGAUGGAGUUGGGGAUUUCUUUAAAGGGAUGGGUGGAUUCGGCGGUGGUCUGGGAAGUCUCGGAGGCGGAGAUUUCGCCACUACUGGUCACCUGACCACUCAGACGUCGAGCUGUACCAAGACGACGAAAAGUACGAUAGUACAUACGAAGGACGGGCCAGUGGAGCGCAUCGAGGAAGUAUCGGGCGGACUCGGCUGUGAGGCGCUGAAGCACGGUGGCGGAGGAGGAGGAGGAGGAGGGAUGGGCGACUUCUUCCCAUCCCUCACCUCCUCCUCUUCCUCCUCCUCCUCUUCCUCCUCCUCGUUGACCAAAACCACGAGCCACGGCGGCACCAAGGGAGGCAGUAGCAUCCUCACCAGCACCAAGACCGGUGGCACCGGCGGCGGUUUCGGAGGUGAUCCGUUCGGAAUGGAUCUCGGAGCGUUCAUGCGCGGGAACGAGGAAGACGACGUCCCAGAUUUCCACGCCCGCAGCGUGAAGACUAGCGUCCGGAGCGAGCGGCAGGCGGAUUAUGUGGGAAAAGAUUGCUCCGACAUCCAACGGAACCAUCUAACAGGGGAAAAGAGCGGCCUGUACAAAAUUAACCCCUCUACCUCCCUCUCCACCCCCUCUCUGAACGGGGUAGUGGAGGUUUACUGCGACCAGGAAGGGUUUCUAGGAGGGUGGACCCUGGUCCAACAGAGAGCGCAUGGGGGGGUUAGCUUCAACCGUUCCUGGGCAGACUACCAGGAGGGGUUCGGAGGAGUGGACGGCCAGGGUAAAGGGGAGGUAUGGCUAGGGUUAAAACACCUCCAUCUCCUAACCCGGGAGGAUAGUAUGUUGAGGAUAGAGCUAGAAGACUGGGAGGGAGGGGAGGCGAUAGCCGAGUACACAGUGAAAGUGGGGUCCGAAGCUGAGGGGUAUCAGUUAACCGUGGCGGAGUAUGCAGGCGAUGCAGGAGACGCUUUAGUCAAGGGGGAGUCUAGUUUAGGGAGUCAGGGGUCGCCCGGGUUGAGGUCGUUCCUCUCCCACGAGGGGAUGAAGUUUAGUACCUUCGAUAAGGAUAAUGACCAAUGGGAGGAGAGCUGUGCAGAGAUGUACGGCGGCGGCUGGUGGUAUAACAACUGCCAGAGGGCUAACUUAAACGGUGUUUACUACAAAGGGGGGAAGUAUGAUCCUGGUAGCAACGUUCCGUACGAGAUAGAAAACGGAGUGGUGUGGCUGACGUACAAACCAGCUGACUAUAGUCUGAAGACCACCCGCAUGAAGAUACGGCCGCUCGCCAUGGCCUGAGAGAGAGAGGGAAGGAGAGAGGGAAGGAGAGAGAGGGGGAAGGAGAGGGGGAAGGAGAGAGGGAAGGAGAGAGGGAAGGAGAGGGGGAAGGAGAGAGGGAAGGAGAGAGGGAAGGAGAGAGAGAGCUAAUGCUGACUGUUGAUUCUGUGAUUAGAUGAUUAAAUGUGACUUUGUUUUCUGACCCCGUGAUGAUGUCAAUGUAUUGAAUGUUCAUGUAAAAACAAAACCCCAAGCAACCUCUGAACCAACUAGUUACUGCUAACGUUCAAAUAACUGGUCUGAGAUCAGUAACCUCUGAACCAACUAGUUACUGCUAACGUUCAAAUAACUGGUCUGAGAUCAGUAACCUCUGAACCAACUAGUUACUGCUAACGUUCAAAUAACUGGUCUGAGAUCAGUAACCUCUGAACCAACUAGCUACUGCUAACGUUCAAAUAACUGGUCUGAGAUCAGUAACCUCUGAACCAACUAGCUACUGCUAACGUUCAAAUAACUGGUCUGAGAUCAGUAACCUCUGAACCAACUAGCUACUGCUAACGUUCAAAUAACUGGUCUGAGAUCAGUAACCUCUGAACCAACUAGCUACUGCUAACGUUCAAAUAACUGGUCUGAGAUCAGUAACCUCUGAACCAACUAGCUACUGCUAACGUUCAAAUAACUGGUCUGAGAUCAGUAACCUCUGAACCAACUAGCUACUGCUAACGUUCAAAUAACUGGUCUGAGAUCAGUAACCUCUGAACCAACUAGCUACUGCUAACGUUCAAAUAACUGGUCUGAGAUCAGUAGCCUCUGAACCAACCAGCUACUGCUAACGUUCAAAUAACUGGUCUGAGAUCAGUAACCUCUGAACCAACUAGCUACUGCUAACGUUCAAAUAACUGGUCUGAGAUCAGUAACCUCUGAACCAACUAGCUACUGCUAACGUUCAAAUAACUGGUCUGAGAUCAGUAACCUCUGAACCAACUAGCUACUGCUAACGUUCAAAUAACUGGUCUGAGAUCAGUAACCUCUGAACCAACCAGCUACUGCUAACGUUCAAAUAACUGGUCUGAGAUCAGUAACCUCUGAACCAACUAGCUACUGCUAACGUUCAAAUAACUGGUCUGAGAACAGUAACCUCUGAACCAACUAGCUACUGCUAACGUUCAAAUAGCUGGUCUGAGAACAGUAACCUCUGAACCAACUGCUAACGUUCAAAUAACUGGUCUGAGAUCAGUAACCUCUGAACCAACUAGCUACUGCUAACGUUCAAAUAACUGGUCUGAGAACAGUAACCUCUGAACCAACUAGCUACUGCUAACGUUCAAAUAACUGGUCUGAGAACAGUAACCACUGAACCAACUAGCUACUGCUAACGUUCAAAUAACUGGUCUGAGAACAGUAACCUCUGAACCAACUGCUAACGUUCAAAUAACUGGUCUGAGAUCAGUAACCUCUGAACCAACUAGCUACUGCUAACGUUCAAAUAACUGGUCUGAGAUCAGUAACCUUUGAACCAACUAGCUACUGCUAACGUUCAAAUAACUGGUCUGAGAACAGAAGGGGUUCUAAGAACUACUUUCGAACUUCUGUUAGAACGUAUUAACUACUGUUCAAACAAUAAAGAUGUGUUCACUUCAACUUCA